AUGAGAACUCCGAACUUUCAAAUAGGAGAUCUAUCAUUGGAUUCGGGUUUCUUCUCAUGGGUUCAAUUCCUUUGCACCCACCUUUUGGCUCUGAAACCCUCCCAGUCGGCUGAUUGCCACUCAUCUAGUGAAAUUGAUGAUCAACCCGGAGUUGAUCUUAGCAAGGCUGAAGUCUCCGAACAGGAGAGGGAACAGUUGCGUGCAUUCUUCCACUCGUUCCGCGAUCGCAUCUCUCAUAGCUCCUAUGACUUAGGCUCCUAUGAUACCGACAUGAUCCACAUAAAAACCACUACGGAAACCCCACCCACGCGAUUUCGACCGACACGCAUUCCCGUCAAAUUUCAAAAAGAACUGGAUGACCACAUUAAUAAGUUGCUUAGGGCCGGCAGAAUUAAAGAAAGCGACACACCUUGGGUUCAUAAUACAGUUCUGGUCAAAAAGCGAGAUGGAUCUCUUAGAGUCUGCUUAGAUUUUCGCCCAUUGAACGCGAUAACUAUUCCGGACCAUUAUCCCUUGCCCCGGAUAGAGGACAUACUCACUAAGAUAGCAGGGAACAAAUACUAUACAUCCCUCGACUUGGCGUCAGGCUAUAUGCAGUUACUGCUGUCACCUGAAAGCCAGGCCAAGUGCGGGUGGGCAACGCAUAGAGGAAUUUAUCAAUUUGUCUACCUCCCUUUUGGACUUAAGAACGCUGGUGCGUACUUCUCUCGGGCUAUGUCGCGAAUUUUAGCCGGAUUGGAAGAAAAUUGUUUGGCCUACCUUGAUGAUAUAGUAGUAUUCGACAAAGACUUUCCGAGUCAUCUCAGUUCUCUUCGGAAAGUAUUCCAAAGGUUUCGUGAUUUCAACAUAAAAGUAUCCGGUAAAAAGCUCGUCGACAUAGCGCGGUCGCGAGUCACCUUUUUGGGCCAUGAGAUCUCUGGGGAUAGUUACUAUCCAUCUGAUCGUAACAUCCAGGCAAUCAAAAAUAUGCCACCCCCCACAUCGGUCAAAGAAGUCAAGCGUUUCCUUGGGAUGGCAAAUUUCUUUCGCAAAUUUAUACCAAAUUUCGCGUCUAUUGCAGCCCCACUUUAUGAACUUACAAAAGAUAAGGUUAAGUUCAUAUGGACGGAUAAACAGCAGACAGCCUUCCAAGGCUUGCGUGAUAAAUUAACGGCAAAACCUUGCCUGGCCUUCCCGCAAGAUAAGGAUUUCUUUAUGCAUACUGAUGGGAGUCAAAUCGCGGUAGGGGCCGCUUUGUUUCAGCAAGCACCGCAGGACGCCAAAUCUUUAGUCGCGGUCGGGUACUUCAGUAAAGCCCUAUCAGAGUCACAACAGAAGUGGAGUCCCACGCAUAUAGAGCUCUUUGCGAUGAUUAGUGCCUUACGGUUCUUCAAGGCCACCAUUUACGGGCAUCUCACAAGGAUAUUCUCAGAUCAUCGCCCUUUAACCUUUCUGCUUAAGCAUAAUAGGACCCAUGAUAAUCUCACCCGUUGGGUCGUUGAGCUACAAAGUUAUAAUGUUACCAUCGAAUAUCUGAAAGGCUCUUCCAAUGUAGUGGCCGACUGCCUCUCUAGAUUCGUGAAUCCUUCGUUUCGCUUCCAAGACAACACUUCUGAGUCUGACGAUAUCAUCGAAUUUCCUAAUUGUCUCAUAUUACAAACUUUCCAGCCUCUUCCCGCUUGUUUAGCUCCACUUUGUGCCACCGCUCCUAUUGCCAUAAAACCGUAUAACGCGCUCCUCGAACAAAAAGCUGAUCCGCUCUGUAAUUCCAUAAUGAUAUUCUUAGAAACCAAUAAAUUCCCUGAUUCCGUAGCUGAAGCUGACAAAGCAGCUCUACUGAAACUAGUUGAAAGUUGCCGCUUACGUCCUAAUGGCUGUUUGUAUCACGUAGCCAAAUCUCCCUACAAUCCACAAACCACAAUUGAGCAGCUUUUUGUUCCCGAAAAGUUACGUGAACCCAUAUUCCUGGCUAUGCACUCGAGCACCACCGCUGGCGGCCAUUUCAACUGGCAGAAAACGCUAGCUAAGAUCUCUCGUAAGUAUUUUUGGCCGCACAUGUCCGAACAGAUUUAUGCUCUUACUAAGUCUUGUGAUCUGUGUCAAAGAAAGCGAGCGCAGGCCCUCAACCAAGAGCAAUUGCUGCCCGUAGUACCAUCAGCCAUUUUCGACAAACCCUGUUGGGCCUCAACCAGUGGAAAUCGCAGUUACUGCGUCUGA